AUGUCCCGUUGUAAACACACUGGCUGGCUGCGCGUGGCCACCAAAGACCAGGCGUACGUCGUCGAAGGCUCGGGUCGUGCCCAGAGACUGCUGGACGGUCUACCACGCCCGGAUGGCCAAUACCCGAGUAUUCUCGUGCUGAUUGGAAACGCGACCAAGCGGGUUGCCCUGCAAAGACUCGGUGUGUACAUCACUGCGCCCAACACGGCCCGGGGCCACGGCGAGAUCCAUCUUAACCUGGCUCCUGUCGGCGCGUCCGGCGCAAGGCCGACGCUGAUUGCCGAUGCCGACGUUCCGCCCCAUAAGCGGCUCGGGAGGCCGAGGAAAUCCACGCUCUGCCAUGAAGUCGUAGCAAGGCCACUGUCGAUCCCUCACGGCGGGAACAUCUCCACGAUGCCGUCCGCGAUGCCGUCAGCGAUGCCGUCUGCGAUGUCGCCCACGACCUUAGAAGCUAGCGAUCAUGUCUAUAAUCGCAUGCUUCUCCCGUUUGCUGAUGCCGUGUGUUUCUUUGCCGACGAUAUCGGCGGCGUAGAGGUCGUCGCCCAGCGUCUUGCGUCGUGGCUGAACCUGAGUACGCCGUCCACAUCGUCGGUGCGGCCCUGGUUAGUGGUCGUCGUGAACGGCGACGGAGAGGAUUCCGCACGCAGUCGCCUGCUACAGUCAAUCCGCGAGAGGACAAACGCCCACGUGUCCGAACGAUUCCACGGCGUCCGCGUCAUCAGCCUGGCCGACAAGACACCCAAGUCUCUCCGACGCCGCCUUGAUUCCCUGCGUUGGGACAUACUCAGCAACGAGCUGUCCUACAUGACGGAGACAAAACGGGUCGAGCGCGUGCUCGCCAGCUGCCUCUUCUCGGCCACCCACCUCGCCGGCCUUCUCCGCCACGCCACAGAGCACGUCGGCGCCGCCGACGCGCCGCCCCUCGACUUCCUCGCCGUCUCCCGGCUCGACAACCCGGUGGCGGCCGAUCUGUCGGCGCACCUCGCAGGGUUCCUCACGCACUGCGACUCCGUCGACAACCUGAAGAGAUUCGCCGUGCCGGUCAUCGCCUCCAGCUUCAUACUGGACCAGUACCCUCCGGGCAUGCACCUCUUCGAUCCGCGCGACGUCUUCCAGAUGUUCUACAAGGACGUGUGCCACAACGUGUGCGGUACCGCCGUCCUCGCGCACGAAGGGUCCACCGACUUCCUCCUGCCGUCUCAGUUCGCCAAGAUGGUCGAGGCCCAGAUGGCCCGUAUAUUCCGGCAGCUGACGGCGGGCCAAGCCUCAGCGUCGCUGCAUCGACAGCUUGUCGCCGCCUUCGCGGAGGACUGGGUCCAGCUUCGGUCCAACAGCACAUGCUACCUUUGUCUGCGGCGCGCCCCGCAGGUCUUUCCCGCGUGCGGCCACGGUCACUGUCUAAACUGUGUCGAGGUAUUUGGCGUCGCAAGCGCGGCCGACCCGUGGCUCAUCGAAGUGGCCGAGUGCAUCCUCUGCGGACAAAACGUUGACAUGCAGAUACGUGUGAAGCCGGACACCGCGUCGGUGCGGGUCUUGUGUAUCGACGGCGGCGGGACGCGGGGCAAGUACCCCCUCAAGGUAUUGAAGCAGCUCGAAGACGACAUUGGGCUGCCCGGCCAUCCGGUACAGCAGAACUUUGACGUCGUCUUCGGGACGAGCUCAGGUGCCAUCAGCGCCGGCGCCCUCUGCAUCAACGGGUGGACGGUGGAUGAGUGCAUCGCCCGCUUCGAGUCCCUUUCGAACGAUGCGUUCACGCCUCGCCGGGUUCCGUCUGUU